CCGAGAAGCCAUCAUUUUUAUAGUGCUUAAGAACAACUGAGAUAGUUAGCGGUCAGGAGUGUUGUUAGUUGGAUAGUGGUUGUGCACGAUGCGGAUCUGCAUAUCAUGAAGGCUGAUUAGUAUUGGCAGAGCACUGUCAGGAGAACCUCCAUAUGGGGCCAGCGUUCCGACUCGCCAUAUACAAAGCUAGCUGUCACUGACAUGCGGCCACAGCUACCCAAGAUGCCAAGCCACCUGGGCUAUAUUGAGUCAAAUGGUGGCGUCGCGAUGCGUACGGUAUUCUCUAUUCCGCAGCAUUGCGAACACAUGCGCUCUAGAUAUCCUUCUGAACCGUGGCUUGCGGAAGCUGCGGCACAAGGGAUGGAAAACUUGCGGAGCCUUCGAUCAGGAUUCGUAUUGCGAACACUAAAGGAUAUGGCUAGCAGCGGCAUGAUCAACCUUGGAGAGAGGCAGGCGUAUGACUGUGCUCCUGUUAGGAAAUCCAAUUUUCCGCUCCACGCCAGCCAUGAUCAUUACAUCAGGUUCUGAUUUUAUCGAGUGCUUAUUCUCGACAAAAGCGGUGCUGUGCAAUGGGGAUGAUCCGAUGCGCCGCUAUCAUUGCCGGGCAUGUAUUGACAUGGCGAUACACCGGUCCUGCUAGAUCCCCAGCCAGGGCUACUUCGGGAGGACAAUAUGAGAGCAAUGUUUAUCCAGCUCAAGAAUCGUUGUACAACUAAUGAAUUGUGCUCCUUGGGGCGGGGGGAUCG